AUGUCAGGCAACCCAUUCACGGUUUACUGUGAUAUGACUACGGAUGGAGGUAAUUUAAAAAGAUUGAACCGUGAGUACUUUCACGUUAUAAAGUAGCAGGUUUUUUUUUCGGCUUUUUUUUUUAAACUUUCAAAAUCUGGACUUUCGUGCUUUGCUCAUAGCAAUGACACACAGCUCCAGUUGCAGAGCUUUACUAGCGUAACGUAAAGCCAAUAUUUUAUACAAGAUGAACCGCCCCUUUUUCAUCUGUUUUACUCGUAACAACUGCAAAACAGCUUCCAAACAAUAAUACCUUCCAAGCCAAUUGAUUAUUAUUCAAUUAAUUAAAAGCAUUUCGACUAGAAUAUGAAAUAACGACUAUGCCGUUCUCCUUGUUCCUUUUUCCAACUCUUUAUAUCAUGCCAGAGAAAAAAAAUACUGAAUGCAAACAAGAUUAAAACGAGAAUAAUACAAAAAAAAAAUCUAAAAGAGGAGUCGUGUUUUUUACUCGUUCAUGGUUCGUGACUAAAAGAUGCUUUCAGAAAUGACCAGUAUUUGCACUUAUUUGGUUCUUUGUUGUCGCACAUACAUUAAUUUUUCCGUCGUUUUAUAAACUCGUCAUUUGUCUCGCGGACUUACUUAUUGUUCUCUUUAGAGAGACGGUCCCCUAAGUAAACAGCUGGUAAUCAAAGUCCCGACUGUAGGACAAAAUUGUAAUUUCAACCUCUAUGAAGCGGUCAGCCUCUAUCAAGCGGCUGCAACUACCUUUUGGCUAUCACAACAAGGGUUAUCCUAUUGCUGUCACCUUUAUUAAGCGGCCACCAAUUCAAGAAGAAUUAGUUUGGCUUUACUAUUUAAAAAUAUGAUAGAGGAAAAUGCAGUGUGAGAAGGAAGCUAGGUGUAGACUGAUUGUUGACCAGCCAAGAAUGCCACUCCCGUCGCAUGUUUGUUUGAAAUUCGUUAAAAGAGGUUUUUCUGCUAACGAUUAUACUAAUUUAUGAGGAACUUCCAUCAGGCUGCCGGCCACUUGCCGGUACCUCGAGGGUAGCCGCUUAAUGGAGGUUUAACUGUAUUGUCUCCUUAACUGUUGUAUACGGUUGCUGUAUGCUUUAGGUGGUUGGACUGCCAUUCAAAUGGUCUCAUUUACACAAUCCAAGCUCCACUUUGAAACCGAGAUCCUAAUAGCUCAAUCUUACACUGAUCUUUCCCGCUAUUCUGAUCACCGCCAAAAAGUUUUACCCAGUGUCCUUCUGAAGCUGCGAAAGAACAUGGGUUUUAAACAGAUUAGAUUUCACUGCCACAAGAAGAAAGCUGGAACGGUGUUUCACAUCAUGACCAAUAUCAAUCAGCUGGGCGAGGCUGUUGUGGAGUAUUUCACUUUUGCCAGCCCGUUAACGUCACGACCCGAGGCUUGUGGCUCAUAUUCAGUCCUUCCGGAUGAUAACUCUACUCUCUCUGAAGACUGCAGCAAUUGGAGUGGAACCCGUGCUCAAGUCGAUGGCAAAUGGGGCGUUCAAGGUGCUUCUCACUACGAUUUUCCGAUUUUGGAAGCAAUAAACCGAUAUGGUGAAAAAAAGAAGGAUGAUCGUUUGUUUUAUGCAAAACCCAAAAGACGACAGUGUGAUGAUGGUGAUAUUGAUGAGAGUUCGCUUUCUCCAGGAGAUUUUUGGUCCAUAUUUGUUCGUUGA